UACGUAAUUACGUAGAAAUCUUCUCAUAAAAUCUGGGUCUCCCGGGGCAGAGAGAGGGAGAGUGAGUGAGACAGGAGGAGGGUUUCUGGAAGAGUCUCUCAGAUCUCGAAUUCCCUUUGUUGGCGUCAUGAUCUGAGGGCAAGAGGUUAGGGGUGGUGGGCGGAGGAUGUCGACUCCGGCGAGGAAGAGGCUGAUGAGGGACUUCAAGCGGUUGCAGCAAGAUCCGCCCGCUGGAAUUAGCGGCGCCCCGCAGGAUAACAACAUCAUGCUGUGGAACGCUGUGAUCUUCGGCCCCGAUGAUACUCCUUGGGAUGGAGGUACGUUUAAGCUAACCCUCCAGUUCACAGAAGAUUAUCCCAACAAGCCUCCUACUGUUCGGUUCGUGUCUCGAAUGUUUCAUCCAAAUAUCUAUGCAGAUGGAAGCAUUUGCUUGGAUAUUCUGCAGAAUCAGUGGAGUCCUAUUUAUGAUGUGGCUGCAAUACUUACAUCCAUUCAGUCUCUUCUCUGCGAUCCAAAUCCUAAUUCACCAGCAAACUCAGAAGCGGCUCGCAUGUUCAGUGAGAACAAACGUGAAUACAACAGAAGAGUGCGUGAAAUCGUUGAGCAGAGCUGGACAGCCGAUUAAAGACAGUCAUUCAUAAUAAAAAGAAAUGGGAGUGUCUAGAUUCAAAAUGGGUUCAUUUUGAACUUUGUCGAAUGACUACUACUCUGUACCUCUCUCGCUCUCCAGUUUUCUUAGUAUUUUGGUUGUGUAUAGUAGUGUCGCAGUCGAUUUCUGGCUUGUAACUCCUUAGCUUGAAUUUGCUGAGAAUGGAUGACACUAUUUCUCCUGUUGGCAUGAUAAAAAAUGUGUGCUUAUCACUAUUCGGCAGUUGUUUGGACGCAUGAAAUUGUGUAUAUUAAUGGAUGCAAUGCACAUUGGGCGCCUGUUUUACUGA